AUGUCGCUCCGGGAUAAGCAGAUCGAGCGGUUGGAGCAGAUGCUCCUGCCGCAGAAGAAAGGCGAGUUGGCGUGGAAGGUGCUCAUCAUGGACGCCAAGGCGCGAGCCGUGGUGUCGCUGGUGUUGCGGGUGAACGACCUCCUCAAGUUGGGGGUGACGUUGCACGCGCUGUUGCUGCUGCCUCGGCUGCCCAUGCCCGACGUGCUGGCGGUGUACCUUGUUGAACCGACCAUUGACAACGUCAUGGUGCUCGUCGACGACUUGCAAAACGACAAAUACGACGCGUUCUACAUCAACUUCACCUCUUCGUUGCCGCGGGACUUGCUCGAAGAGUUCGCCAAAAAAGUGUCCCUUUGCGGUAAAGCACUGAAGAUUAAGUCUGUGUGGGACCAGUACAUCGACUUUAUCGUCACUGAACCCAAUUUGUUCUCGUUGGACAUGAAGGGGAUGUUCUACAAGUUCUCAUCGUCGAAGACCACUGAGGAGGAAAUUGCUACCUGGACCGACCGCAUUGCCCUGGGACUUGUGGCCAUUGUCAAUACUAUGGGUCUGAUCCCCAUUAUUAGAGCUCCCCAAGGAGGUGCCGCCGAGUUUGUCGCCUCUCAGCUCAACGUCAAGUUGCGCGACCACUUACAGACCAACACCGGUGCCACCAGCGACGGUGCCCGUCCCGUGCUCAUCUUGUUGGACCGUAACCUCGAUUUGCUGUCGAUGUUUGCCCACUCGUGGAUCUACCAGGUGAUGGUUAACGAUGUGUUCAGUCUUAAGCGUAACACCAUCAAAUUGACCGUCAAGGGUGAAAACGGCCAGCCCAAGGAAAAGAGCUACGACGUCGACCCCAAGGACUUUUUCUGGAACAGCUACGCUCAAUUGCCGUUCCCCGAUGUCGUCGAACACGCCGACACUGAGCUUAACCUCUACAAGAAGGAUGCUGCCGAUUUGACCAACAAGACCGGGAUCACGUCGUUGGAUGACAUUGACAACAACGCCGCCUCCACUCUGGCCAUCCAACAGGCAGUGGACGCGUUGCCCGAGCUUACUGCCCGUAAGGCGACGUUGGACAUGCACAUGGACAUCUUGGCGCUGUUGAUCAGCGAGCUUCAGGCGAAGCUGUUGGACAAGUUCUUUGAGAUCGAGCUGAACUGCCAGGAUCCCAAGCUGCUCAACGAAUUUUACGAGUUGUUGCAGCUGCAACCGACGCUGGGCUCGAACACCAACGACAAGUACCGUACGUUUUUGAUCAUGGUGCUUCUUGUAGACCUCCCCGAAGAUUACAAGACCAAGGUGUCGGGUUGGUUCGCCGACCACGGCGUUGAUUUGGCGGCAUACAACUACAUCACCAAGUUUAAACAGAUCUCCAACAUGACCAACCUCAGCGACAUGGGUCUGGGGUCGCUUUCUGGGUCCGGCACCCAGGCAGCGCAACUGUCGGCGUUGCUGCUGUUGUCACUGAAGUUGUACGGGUUAACUGAAGGGCGGAUCUCGGAAGGGUUGACGCUGAUUGCCCUGAAGGUGAAGCUGUUCAUCCCCGAAAAGAGAGAAUUGCCCGUCACUAAAGUGGUGCAGGCGUUGAUGGACCCGCAGACCGCUCCUCAAGACACGUUGCAAGUGACCGACAACUACGUCUACUUCGACCCCAAGACCCGUGGCUCCAAGCAGCCGAAGCGGCUGACCUACAACGAGCUGAUGGUGUUCAUGAUCGGCGGCGCCAACUACUACGAGUACCAGAAUUUGCAAGAGUGGGCGGAGAAGUCGAAGAAGACCGUGGUCUACGGUGGUACCGAUGUCAUCCCCCCGGACGAGUUUUUGUUAGAAUGUGGCGAAUUGGGUAAGUCGUCGUAG